AAGGACGCACAGCUCCGGAGGGCCUGCACCCCCGGGAGCAUUCCAGGGUUUCUGCCACUAUCCACACAGUCUUCUUUCAAGUGGGCUUGGUUUGUCGGGCAUCUCUGGUCUCUUGGAGAAAAUGAAAGUGAAAGCGAGACUCUCCCCUUGCAGCCCUUUCGCUGAGUUGUUUCUGUUCUCUGCUCUCGCUUUCUUUGAGUUUCUUCCUCCUCUGCUCCUUUACUUACUCCAGCCCACCUCAACACCCAUCCUCACCAGAACUGUCUACACAAGCAGAGGUGUCAUUGCCGGGUAUUUGUGCUUACGCUGCCCAUCCGAUCGAUCGGCUCUCCCAGGUGGGAGUUUUGAGACUGUCAGAGGGGUGAGAUGGCUGAAAAGUGGUGGCCUUGUGAAUUUUGUAGCCGAUGCAGUUCUCUAAAUAUGUGGAAAGUCAGAAGACUCCACGAGCACUGUGCUGCCUCAUAGCGAGGGUCUAUGGCCAGAUAAUUCCCAUUUCCCCUGACAGGAGUUUCUAAGAGUUCCAUGUCCCUUUGGUCAAAUUCCAAGGAGAUACAUUUUCAUUUUCUCAAAGAAAAGGCAAAAAGAGUUGCAGCCAGUGGUAUUUACUGUCAUGGAGACCAAGCGCCAUAACAACCCUCAGGAAACACCCACACCCUCUAGUGAUGGGGGGGCUUCCUUGGAAGAAAUGUUGACUCAAGCUGUUCAAGAAGCAGACAUGGAGCAGGUCCGGCAAUUGCUAGAAAGAGGGGCUGAUGCCAAUUUCCAGGAAGAGGAAUGGGGCUGGUCACCUUUGCAUAGUGCAGUGCAAAUGGACAGUGAGGACCUUGUGGCUCUUCUGCUGAAGCAUGGCGCCGACCCUUGUCUGCGGAAGAGGAAUGGGGCCACUGCCUUCAUCAUCGCUGGCAUCACCGGAAACGUGAGGCUGCUCCAGCUCUUACUUCCUAAAGUGGAAGAUGUGAACGAGUGCGAUGUUAAUGGCUUCACAGCUUUCAUGGAAGCCGCCGUGUACGGUAAAGUCGAAGCCUUACGCUUCCUGCGUGACAAUGGAGCAGACGUGAACAUGCAUCGAAAGACAAAGCAGGAUCAAGAGAGGAUUCGGAAAGGAGGGGCCACCGCCCUCAUGGAUGCUGCUGAAAAGGGGCAUGUGGAUGUCGUGAAGAUCCUCCUCCAUGAGAUGAGGGCAGAGGUCAAUGCCCGUGACAACAUGGGCAGAAAUGCUUUGGUCUACGCUCUUCUCAACCCCGACGAUGGGAAGGCGAAGGCCAUUACUCGCCUCCUGCUGGACCAGGGGGCCGAGGUCAAUGUGAGCGGGGAAGGAAGUAAGACGCCCCUGAUCCUGGCAGUGGAGAGGAAGAAUCUGGAUUUGGUGCAGAUGCUUCUGGAACAAGAACAGAUAGAAGUGAAUGACACAGACAGAGAGGGCAAGACGGCCCUGCUGCUUGCUGUCGAACUCAGACUAGAGGAAAUCGCCAAGCUGCUGUGCCACAGAGGGGCCAGCACAAAUUGCGGGGACCUUGUGGCAAUAGCGAGACGCAAUUACGACAGUGACCUUGUGAAGUUUCUUCGCCUUCAUAAAGCCGGAGAAGAUUUUCGCCCUCCUGCUAAAGACUGGAAGCCUCAGAGCUCACGCUGGGGGGAGGCCCUGAAACAUCUGCACAGGAUAUGGCGCCCCAUGAUCGGCAAACUCAAGAUCUUCAUUGACGAAGAGUAUAAAAUUGCGGACACUGCUGAAGGGGGCAUCUACCUGGGGCUCUAUGAAGACCAAGAGGUGGCUGUGAAGCGGUUCAGUGAAGGCAGCACACGGGGACAAAAGGAAGUCUCUUGCCUGCAGAGCAGCCGAGCCAACGAUAACGUGGUGACGUUCUAUGGCAGUGAGAGCGACGGGGACUGUCUGCAUGUGUGCCUCGCGCUGUGUGAGUACACACUGCAGGAGCACUUGGCCAACCACCGAGGGGACGCUGUGCCAAACGAGGAGGAUGAGUCUGCCCGCAACAUCCUCUCGUCUCUGUUUAAAGCUAUUGGAGAACUCCAUCGGUCUGGAUACUCUCACCAGGAUCUGCAGCCACAAAACAUCUUAAUAGAUUCCAAGAAUGGUACUUUCCUGGCAGAUUUUGAUAAAAGCAUCAAAUGGGCUGAAGAUCCACAGAAAAUCAAAAGAGAUCUAGAGGCCCUAGGAUUGCUGGUCCUCUAUGUGGUAAAAAAGGGAGACAUUUCUUUUGAGACAUUGAAGAAUCAAAGUUUUGAAGAGGUGAUUCAAGGCUCUCCAGAUGAGGAGACUCGGGACCUCAUUCAUCACCUGUUCCACCCGGGGGACAAUGUGGAGGACCGUCUGAGCAGCCUGCUGGCUCAUCCCUUCUUUUGGAGCUGGGAGAGCCGUUAUAGGACCCUUAGGGAUGUGGGAAAUGAAUCUGACAUCAAAACGCGAAAUCAAAACAGCAAAAUCCUCCAGCUACUGCAACCUGGAACAUCUGAACUUUCUACUAGUUUUGCCCAGUGGACAACUAAGAUUGACAGCUUUGUUAUGGAAGAGAUGAAUGCAUAUUAUAAAAAAAUAAGCAAAAAAAAGAAAGCAAAACAUACAAAUGAAAGCAAUCUCUAUCAGGAUACUCUGGGUGAUUUGCUGAAAUUCAUCCGGAACUUGGGAGAACACAUCAAUGAACAAAAGAAUAAAAAGAUGAAGUCGAGAAUUGGAGAACCUUCUCAGUAUUUUCAGGAGAAAUUUCCCGAUCUGGUCAUGUAUGUCUACACGAAACUACAGAACACAGAAUAUACGAAGUAUUUUCCCAAAACUCACAAUCCAAACAAGCUGAGGUGUGAUGGAGGUGGUGAUGGCCAGACCUAGUGCCUUCUGAAUUCAGGGACGUGCUUAUUGGCUGUGUGAUCCUGGGCAAGUCACAACUCUCUGGGCCUCUUAACUAACCGGAUGGCUUGUGGGCAAUGAGUUGGAUAGCUGAUGUGUCAGUUCCUGGCACCGUGCUCAGCAUUCCCCACAUGUUUACAACAAAAAAAGUAUAUGCUCAAACUAUUCUAGUCCUUUUAUAGGAAAACUUAGGAGUUCAUCCUAAGAUUCCUCUUGUCAAUUGCACCAAAGGAGUAAGUUCUUAGACCUCUAAUGCUGUGUGCUUUACAUCAGUUAUCUCAUGUAAUUCUCCCAACAACCUUGCAAGAUAGGGUUCAUACCCCCAUUCAGGAACUGAAGUGCCUGAGAGACUCAGAGAGUUAAAACUACUUUCCCCAGAUGGUAUAACUUGCACAAAGCACAAAUGGAUGUGGUGUUAUUGUUACCUCUCCCUCAGGCACCUUAGAACUUAAUUACUAGCUCAGAGCCCUUCUGGAUGAGACCCAAAAGGAAUACAUCAAAGGAGAUCUGGGUGACUCAUUCAUCCCUUCAAUAUUUGUUGAACACUAACUAGUAUAAGUCUAAGUAAUUACUGUAUGAGUUCCAUUCCUUCUAGAAUUACCUGUGUUAGUCUUCUAUGACCUUAAGUCAGUAUUUCUCAACUGCGGGCAGUCUUGCCCAUCGGGGACCAUUGGGCAUUAUCUUUGACUUUUGGCUGUUAAAGCUUGGAGUAGGCAGUGUUACUGGCAUCUGAUAGACAGAGGCCAGAGAUGCUGCUGAACGUUCUAGGAUGUGCACAGGACAGCACCUCUGCAACACAGAGUUACAGCCUAAAAUAUCCGUGGCACUGAGGUUGAGGAACUGCCUUCAGAGGCUAGGACACAAUUGAACUGGUGGGGAGCCCAUGUCUGUGGAGUGUGUGGUCCACCUUGUAGAGGAGUGACUCAAAUUUGAUGUCUUGCUUUUGGAUCUGUAGUGAGACAAUUCCAGGGUCACCUCCUCAGGAAGCCCUCUGAACGCCUUCACUUUCCAUACCUGAGUCUGAGCAUCUUUUCUGACUCCCUAGCACCCAGAGCCACAUCAGAACGUGCUUCUUCCCCCUGGAACCUAAGCUCCCUAAGGCCAAUUAUAUAUAAAUUGUAGUAAAAUGUCUGCUACAUGGUAAUGAUUAAUAAAUAUUCGUUGAAAAUGAA